GUGAAGGUGCUGACAGUGGAGAAGAAGGUGAACGAGAUCCUGAACCGGCUGGAGAAGACGAAGGUGGAGCGGUUCCCGGACCUGGCGGCCGAGCGGGAAGCGCGGGAUCGGGAGGAGCGGAACGAGAAGAAGGCCCAGAUCCAGGAGAUGAAGAGGAGGGAGAAGGAGGAGCUGAAGAAGAAGAAGGAGCUGGAGGAGCUGAGGAGCUACUCCUCCCUGAUGAAGGCAGAGAACAUGUCCUCCAACCAGGUGAGUGGGAGCUGCUGAUCCCACGGAAUCCCCGGGAACAGGGAUGGAAUUCCAGCCUCCUGCCCGUGAUC